GCUCGCUCAUUCCCAUUUGCUCCCGCCGCGCAGCACAUCCCCUCUCGGUGCCCUUAAAGGGCUCCGGUGGCUCCGCGGCAUCCUCUGUCGCUGAGACCUGCACUUGCCGCGGUAGUCGUGGGGUGGACGACAGGGAAGCCGAGAAACCGAAAAAUGGACCCAGUGGCCUUUGAGGAUGUGGCUGUGAACUUUACCUUGGAGGAGUGGGCUCUGCUGGGGCCUUCACAGAAGAAACUAUACAGAGAUGUGAUGCGGGAAACCUUGAGGAACCUGGCGUCAGUAGGGGAAAAAUGGGAAGACCAUAACACUGAAGAUCAGUACAAAAACCAGGGAAGAAAUCUGAGAAGUCAUACAUUACGGAGACGCUGUGAAAGUGAAGAAGGUAGUCAGGGUGGCGAAAACAUCAGCCUUAUUCCAAUUCUUAAUCUGAACAAGAAAAAUUCUACUGCAGUAAAACCAUGGGAGUGCAGUGUGUGUGGAAAAGUCUUCAUGAGUCGUUCAUCCUUUAAUAGGCACGUUAGAUCUCACACUGCACCCAAACCAUCCAGGUAUCAGGAAUAUGGAAAGAAGCCUUAUAAAUGUAAGGUAUGUGGGAAAGCCUUCAGUUAUCUCCAGCCUUUUCAAAAACAUGAAAGUAAUCAUGGUAUAGAGAAAUCCUAUAAAUGUAAGGAAUGUGGGAAAUCCUUUAGAUAUCGCCAAUCUGUUCGAAAACAUGAACGGACUCACACUGGAGAGAAACCCUAUCAAUGUAAACAAUGUGGGAAAGCCUUUCGAUAUCAUCAAACCUUUCAAACACAUGAAAGAACUCAUACAGGGGAGAAACCCUAUGAAUGUAAGCAAUGUGGUAAAGCCCUCAGUUGUCCAAGUUCCUUUCGAAGUCAUGAAAGGACUCAUACUGGAGAAAAACCCUAUGAAUGUAAAAAGUGUAGUAAAGCCUUCAGUUGUCCCAGUUCUCUUCGAAAACAUGAGAGAACUCACACGGGAGAGAAACCUUACGACUGUAAGGAAUGUGGGAAAGCCUUUAUUUCUCUUGGAAGCUUUCAAAGACACAUGAUAACACAUACUGGAGUUGGACCUUAUAAAUGUAAGGAAUGUGGAAAAGCAUUCAAUUGUCCCAGUUCAUAUAGAAUACAUGAAAGAUCUCACACUGGAGAAAAACCCUAUGAAUGUAAACAAUGUGGUAGAGCCUUCAGUUGUUCCAGUUCCUUUCGAACACAUGAAAGAACUCACACUGGAGAGAAACCUUAUCAAUGUAAGGAAUGUGGAAAAGCCUUCCAUUGGCUCACCACUUUUCAAGUCCAUGUGAGAACUCACACUGGCGAAAAACCCUAUAUAUGUAAGCAGUGUGGUAAAGCCCUCAGUUGUCCCACUUCAUUUCGAAGACAUGAACGGACUCACACUGCAGAGAAACCCUAUGAAUGUAAGCAAUGUGGGAAAACCUUCAGUUCUCCUCUAGGUUUGCAAAUACAUGAAAGAACUCACACUGGAGAGAAACCCUAUAAAUGUGAGAAAUGUGGGAAAGCAUUUGUUUCUCUCACAAGCUUUCGAAGACACAUGAUGACACACACUGGAGAUGGACCUUAUAAAUGUAAGGAAUGUGGGAAAGCAUUUAAUUGUCCCAGUUCAUUUCGAAUACAUGAAAGAACCCACACAGGAGAGAAACCCUAUGAAUGUAAAAUAUGUGGUAAAGCCUUCAGUUGUUCCAGUUACGUUCAAGUACAUGAAAGAACUCAUACUGGAGAGAAACCCUAUGAAUGUAAGGAAUGUGGGAAAGCCUUCAUUUACCGCACAACCUUUCGAGGUCACAUGAGAAUGCACACUGGUGAGAAACCGUAUAAAUGUAAAGACUGUGGGAAAGCCUUUAGUCGACCCAGUUCAUACAGAAGCCAUGAAAGAAUUCACACUGGAGAGAAACUUCUUGAAUGUAAGCAUUGUGGGAGAGCCUUUAAUUGGCCCACAUCCUUACAUAAACAUGUCAUGAGAAUGCACACUGGAUAAAUUAUAACUGAUAAAUACAAGAGAGUUUCCUAUCAACAAAUAUUGGGCUGGCCAAAAAGUUCAUUUGGGUUUUUCCAUAACAUCUUAUGGAAGAAUGAACUUUCUGGCCAACCCAAUACAUUCAGUCAUGUGAAAACUCUACUGGAGAGAAAUGAUACACCAUGGAGAGAAAUGUUAUAACGUAAAUAAUAUGGGAAAGCCUGAUGUAGAUUAAUUCACAUAUAAUGCUCCAGAAAAAAAUAAAUGUUUUACAAGUUAAAAAUAUAUCAUCUUUAUCAGUGGUUUAUUCUGAAACUCAAGUCUCUAAUUAUGGAUUCUACUUGUUAAUUUUUCAAAUGAACACUGAGUUGAAACAAUUCUGUAAGUAAGUACUCUUUAAGCAAUAGUACAUAAGCUUAGUAGGUAGUAUUUUUCCUUAAAUCAGUUUAUAGAAUUUUUGUCUUUCCAUUUUGAAAUCUGUUGGAUCCAUGGGUGAACUGGAAUAUAAUUGUAAUGUGCCAAUAUUAUAUAAUGUGCCAAAAUAUAUAAUUUUUAAGUCAUCCUGUAAGUAAAGGGGGCAUGGAAUAAUGACACUCUGGUAGUUGUUGGGAUUUUCCUAUUGUUUUCAUGUGGCAGGUACUGGAUAUUUCUUACCCAUUGUAAAUAUGCCUCUUUUAUUAGAAAAGUUUUUUUCUUUUGUCAGAAGAGCCUUCUUCCAUUUUCCUUGCUAAUUAAUAGUUGGCAUAAAUUUGUAAGUAUGUGAAGUUUAUCACAGUAUAAUCUCAUUUGACUUAGUAUUUACAUCUUUUCUCUUUACUCUUUGUCAUUUUCUCUUUACUCUUUGUCAUUCCAUCUGACUGUGAUUUGGGUAAGAGACUUUAAGAGACCAAUGUUGACAUCAACUGCAUAUUUAAAGCAACCUUACAUUGUUUGCAAGUGCUGUUAUUUUAGAUUUAAAUUUGUAGCUACAAUAUCUUUGCACUGAAGCAACAUUUUUCCCCCACCAAUGCAUUAAAAAAUCCUCCUACAUUAUUCUGAUGUCACCAGUUAGGGUCUCUUUUACCCAUAAUGCAAUUAGAAUAAUUAUAUCACUGAAGUCAACUAGUGGUAUUACCAUCCCUUCAUUCAUACUGAGCACCUACUAUGUGCCUGUGCUGUAAAUACAACAGUGAACAUAACUGAUGUGGUUACUGCUCUCACAUUGCAAGUCUGUGAGAUUAAAUACAAACAUUACAUUUCUAGCUACUUUUUAAAGUGUUAUUAACAUUUAAACUGAUUCAUUUUUGUAAUAACAUUGUACGUUAAUGGACCAAUAAGUCUUUAUAUUUGCAAAAAGAAAAGAGACCUGUUACAGGACACUAAAAUGUAGAAUUGGAGAUGCUCUCCUGGAAUGUGUUAUGUCAACAUGGGUAAUAUGUUGUGACCUACAUUUUC